AUGUCACCUGAGCAAUACUACGAGCGAUCUCCCUUUCUGUUCUGGUCUAUUGUUGCGACAGGGGCACGCAGGUUUGCUGAUGAUCCCACUCUUUUCCAGCGAGUGGUGUCUCAGGUGCUACAAAUCGCGUUGAGAGCACUCUUCUCCUAUUCCAACCCUGUUCCAAAUAUUCAAGCGGUCCUUAUUCUGUGUCUGUGGCCGGUCCCGACCAACACAAUGUUCCGUGAUUCUUCACACACGCUGGCCGGGGUUGCCAUGCAACUCGCUGUGCAGAAUGGCCUCCAUAUAUUUGGUCGCGAACAAGACUACUCGCGUCAGAACAUCGAUGCCAAGAACAGUGAAGUGGCUUUGCGCUUUCGUCUGUGGAUCCAUUGUGUUGUAACGUUCCAAAGCAUGAACCUAGUUGGUGGCUUUCCAUGUUGGACGACAUCCGAACUGAAUAAUUUGGAAUCCGAUCUACUACUCGAGCGCAGUCUGCCGCCGUCAUUACUCUAUCGGUACAGGCUUCAUAAGGUACAGACUGACGCAAUUCAAGCCAUUACCCAGAGCACGCAACUCCUUGAGCCGAAUUGCGGGCCACCCUUAAACUCACUCCUCGACAUUUUCGAUGCACAAGUGAAAGCUUUGGUCCCUACCCCCAACGUGGGUAUAGAUGCCCUUGUUCAGAAAUGCAUCCGCUUGGGGAUCAGGGCAUUCCACUUCUUUGCGGCACCUGAUACGGCACGAACUGCUGGGCUUGUCCAAUUAUACGCCUUAUGCUGCAGCGUCCUCGACAUGCUUCAUGAUCUUGACAUUGCUGAUGAUUUCGCCCUUUAUUCAACGCAAUGGUUGCACAGAAUGUUGAUGAUGGCCUCCCACAGCAUCCUGAAGAUCACCCGCAGCGAACUUCGAGCCCAUGUGGACGUUGAGCACGGCGAAAGCGCGUACUUCAAAGCCAUCAUGUUUGCAAAGAAGCGCUCAGCUGAAAACAACGAUUUGGACUCAAGGAGUGCCAUUAUCUUGACUCAGCUCUGGGCCAGCGAUUCUGUAUUCUGUAAGAGAGAUGGUACUCUCAUAGGCGACCGUCUGCGCAUGAGAAGUCGACUUUUUGCGAGCGUCAUGUUCGACACCUUCUGGCACUGGAGAGCCACCUUCGGCAACUGGAAAGCGAAUCCGUACAAGGCAGACGAUGAUGAAGCUGAGACAUUCACAGAAGGUCAACAACCAGCCACGCAUUGGGCAUCACCCUCGGUUUUCAUUGCGCAUUCUCCGCAACCAGGAGUUUCAACCACACCUUCGGCGCGCCAUGCAUCGACCCUUCCGGCCCCAGUGCUUGAAUUUGACACCCUCAAUGCCUUCCCGGACUGGGAAUGGGCUGCUGAAGUGCCCUUGGUGGACGGCAUCGACUUCGCCGCGAUGUCGCAGUUUCCAGGUGUGGAAGUCGACUAG